AUGGAAAACCUCGCGGAGAACGACAUGCUCGUCGACGAGUAUGAGCAGUACCCCAAUGAGAAGACCGACGUCGUCGUCGUUUCCCGCUCAGCCUCCGAUGAGCCCGAGCCCGCCCCGUCCGCUACUGACCAUGCGGCGAUGAUGGAGCGAGUCCUUCCUAAAAACCCUGAUCUCGAGACCGAAGAGGAAAUACACCACUCAUGGCACAUCGAAAACUGGAGGAAGUUGGAUCGAAAACUGCACGGGCCCGUGUUUAAGUGCGGUGGAUAUCCUUGGCGCAUUCUCUUCUUCCCCUACGGAAACCAUGCGGAGCACGCUUCGUUUUAUUUGGAGCAUGCAUGGGAGGGUGAACCACCCGAGAACUGGUAUGCCUGUGUGCAGUUUGCCCUCGUGUUGUCGAACGUUAAGGACCCUUCCAUCUAUGUUUCCCAUGUCGCUACCCAUCGAUUCACUGCCGAGGAGGGAGAUUGGGGCUUCACUAGAUUCUAUGAUCUCCGAACCUUAUUUAAUGAAGCCUGGGAGGGCAAGAACGUUCCCCUGGUCCAGGACGAUGAGGCCAUCGUCACGGCUUAUGUGCGCGUCGUGAAGGACCCCACUGGUGUUCUCUGGCACAGUUUCCAAAACUAUGAUUCCAAGAAAGAGACUGGCAUGGUUGGUCUUCGGAACCAAGGCGCCACUUGCUACCUGAAUUCCCUGCUUCAAUCUCUAUACUUCACCAAUGCCUUCCGCAAGGCUGUGUAUCAAAUUCCCACCGAGGGGGAGGCGUCGCGUGACAACAGUGCCUGGACUCUUCAGAGACUCUUCAACAACUUGCAGACCAGCGACAUGGCGGUUUCCACAACAGAGCUCACGGUGUCCUUUGGCUGGGAUUCCAGACAGGCAUUCGAACAACAAGACGUUCAGGAGCUCUCGCGAAAGCUCAUGGAACGGCUGGAGGUGAAGAUGAAGGGCACAGUCGCUGAGAAGACUCUGUCCGAUCUUUUCGUGGGCAAGACGAAAACUUACAUCUCUUGUGUCAAUGUACCGUUCGAGUCAUCCCGCGUGGAAGAGUUCUGGGAUAUUCAACUCAACGUUCGGGGCAUGAAGACCUUGGACGACAGCUUUAGGGACUACAUUCAGGUUGAGCGGUUGGAUGGCGAGAACAAGUACGAUGCUGGCCCGCCGCACGGCCUGCAGGAUGCGGACAAGGGAGUUAUCUUCGAAAGUUUUCCUCCAGUCCUGCACCUUCACCUCAAGCGAUUCGAAUACGACCUUAACCUCCUCACAAUGAUGAAAGUUAACGACCGACAUGUUUUCCCGAUGGAAUUUGAUGCUGCCCCCUAUCUCUCCAAGGAUGCCGACUUCAAAGAGCCCUGGGACUACGAGCUCCAUGGCGUUCUUGUGCACAGCGGUGGCCUCGACGCCGGUCAUUACUAUGCAUUCCUGAAGCCCGCUAAGGAUGGACACUGGUACCGCUUCGACGACGACCGUGUGAACCGUGUCACCGAGAAGGAAGUCUUGGAGGAAAAUUACGGAGGAGAGUACGAACUUGCGAACGGGAGUGCCGGAGUCAAGCAGCCAUUCACUCGGCAAUACUCCACAAAGCGAUCAAUGAACGCCUACAUGCUGGUGUAUGUCCGGAAGUCGCGAGUGGACGACGUUCUUGUCCCGAUCACGCAGGAUGAUGUGCCUUCGCACAUCGAAAAGCGCCUGGCCGAAGACCGCGCAGAGAUGGCACGUCGCAAGAAGGAAAGAGAGGAGGCUCACCUGUACAUGAACAUUGGCGUUUUGACCGAACAAACUUUCCAGUCUCACCACGGAUUCGAUCUGACGAGUACCGACUUACCCCAAGAGGACCCAGCACUUCCCACUCAGUACCGGGUCCUGCGGACGAAGAAGGUGAAGGAAUUUGCACAGGAAAUUGCCGAGGAACGAGGACUCGAUGCCAAGGCAAUUCGCUUCUGGGUUAUGGUCAACCGUCAGAACAAGACGACUCGCCCAGACCAGGUCAUCAACGACCCCGAAAUGACUGUUGAAGAGGCCUACACCAAAUUUGGUACCAAGGGCAACUACUUCCGACUUUGGAUGGAAACUGCUCCCAGCGUUCCCGAGAGCGACAACUCCCCAUGGCCUGAUAAUGACACGAUACUCGUUUUCCUGAAGAACUUCGACGUGGUGACUCAAACCCUGUCUGGUGUUGGUCCUGUGUACGUUCGCAAGAGCCAGAAGGUAUCCGAAUUGGCGCCCACUAUCCUUUCCAGAAUGAACUGGCCUACGGGUACCGAGUUCAUGCUUUUCGAGGAGAUCAAGCACAACAUGAUCGAUGUGAUGAAGCCCAAGCAGACAUUCCAGCAAUCCGAAAUUCAAGACGGCGACAUCAUUACCUUCCAGCGUCAGGUCAAGGAUUCGGAGCUUCCGUCUACUGUCAUUUACCAAGAUGCCAGACAAUUCUACGACUACCUCCUGAACCGCAUGGAUGUUACAUUCGCUCCCAUCAAGACCGCUGAUGGCCAGGAAUCCCCAGAGUUUACCUUGACGCUCAGCCGGAAGAUGACCUACGACCAAUUCUCGAAGAAGGUUGGCGAGCACCUCCAUGUGGAGCCGACUCAUCUGCGGUUCUCGCCUGUGAUGGCUAGCAACGGCAAACCCAAACCCUCGCUUAAGCGGAACACUACUUCUACCCUUGCUCAAAUCCUCAAUGGGCAAUAUGGUGCCUAUGGCUAUACCAUGCACCGACCUGAUGCUCUUUACUACGAGGUUUUGGAGAUGAGCCUCAGUGACUACGAGAGCAAGAAAUGCAUCAAAGUCACAUUGCUACCGGAGGGAAUCACGAAAGAGGAAGUUGUUGAGGUCCUGGUUGCCCGCAACGGCAAUGUCUCCGAACUCCUGUCUGAAUUGCAGGUGAAGGCAAACCUGAACGAUGAGGUUGUUCGCGAUUUGAGACUCUUCGAAGUGAUGGGCGGAAAGAUCAAGCAGGAGCUCCGAAACGAUUACAGCGUGACGAACAUCAACGAGUACUCCACUCUCUACGCAGAGCGGAUCCCGGCCGAGGAGUUGAGUAAAGAUGACGAGGACAGAGUGAUCAGUGCCUUCAACUUUGACCGAGAGAUUAACCGGACCCACGGGGUUCCGUUCAAGUUCUUUGUGAAGCCGGGCGAGAUCUUCAAGGAGACCAAGGAGCGGCUUUCAAAGCGUACGGGAAUCAAGGGCAAGCCUUUCGAGAAGAUCAAGUUUGCUGUGGUCCCGCGCGCGUCCUUCUCAAGUCCCAAGUACAUCGAAGAUGAUGACAUUCUCUCCGACCUUGCUGGCUCCGACGAUUACCUCGGCCUUGACCACGCGAGCAAGAGCCGUGGAUUCUGGGGCAAGAGUGAUAGCUUCUUCAUUCGAUAA